CACAUUAUUUUAAUUCGGACCCAACAAGGACAAUGCUUCUGUUUGUUUUGAUUUUGACUGUUUGCGGCAUCUCGGUAAGAGGAGAGUGUCAGGGAGAUUUUAAUCAGCGAAUGUUAUCUUGCAAUCAGAUAAUUAGAAGACCUAUGCGUUUCUCCGACAUUGGUAACCUUGACCCCGAGGAAAAGCAGAGAGUCUGCACAAAUGCUCACGCAGCAAUGAUAUGUGCACUGGACAUAGUUAACGACUGCAUAGACUCCCCGCAGUUAAAAAAUGGGAGGCCAUUGGAAGCGAGGGCCAGUCUACAGAGCUCACUGCAACGUCUGUCGAAUGUCUGUGGUCCAUAGUGACAUUGAGGGACAGACGUAAUACAACAUGCCUUAUGGUUUUCGAUGCAAUUUCAACCUCCCCCCCAAAAAAAAACAAAAAACAAAUGGACCCACCUACCACGAUGAGAUUCACACAGAGGGAUAUAUGGAUAUAAAUCAAAUCUCCCACUGGUGUAGUAAUUCUGCUGUAAAAUCUACGAUAAAAACCAGUUACACUUUGGCUUUGUGAUUAAAAAACAGAAGAAUUCUUCAA